GCUGGGCGGAGUGCGCAUGCGUGUAGCAGGCCGGCCGCUGAAAGUUGAGGAGAAAGCAAGCGGGGAGCUGGUGCGUGUCGGUGCCGAUCGCCAGAGAGAAGGGGGGGAGAGAGAGAUAAACAACAACCGUCUUUGUGUGCUUCACGGCCCGUUGAACAUGACAGAGCCGCAGUCGGCAUUGUUACUCCGAAGGCAGCUGGCAGAGCUGAACAAGAAUCCUGUUGAUGGUUUUUCAGCGGGGUUGAUCGAUGACAAUGAUCUAUACAGAUGGGAAGUACUUAUCAUAGGCCCUCCUGACACACUAUAUGAAGGCGGUGUGUUCAAAGCUCAUCUUACCUUCCCCAAAGACUAUCCCCUCAGGCCGCCAAAAAUGAAAUUCAUCACAGAAAUCUGGCACCCAAAUGUUGAUAAGAAUGGUGAGGUGUGCAUCUCUAUCCUUCACGAGCCUGGGGAAGACAAAUAUGGAUAUGAAAAGCCUGAAGAACGCUGGCUGCCAAUCCACACUGUAGAGACUAUUCUUAUUAGUGUGAUUUCAAUGUUGGCAGAUCCAAAUGGAGACUCGCCCGCCAAUGUAGAUGCAGCGAAAGAAUGGAGGGAAGACCGUAAUGGUGAAUUCAAAAGGAAAGUUGCACGCUGUGUAAGAAAAAGUCAAGAGACUGCAUUCGAGUGAUACUUCAUUCACCAGGAAGCUUCACUUUCUGGGUCUCCAAUUAAGAACCAACAUGGCACUGUUGACUUUCUGCACUCAACCCACCAAUUGUUGGACCUCUUCAAACUGGUAACAAGUUGGUAAUCCUGGAUUGGCAUUAUGGAGUUGAGUGAAUUAUGCCAUCCUCAUUGUGGAGUAAAGCCUAUCGUGCCAACUUGGGGAGGGGGGAAACAAAAUGAUGCAUCAGGAUUCCUGUGAACUGCUUUGAUCUUCAGGAAGAAUUGUAAAGACCUGUACAUAGCACAACAUUAUCUGGAUAUUCUAUAUACUGUACUUAGACACCCACAAUAUGCAUUGUACCAAAUUAAAGCUUGCUUAUAGUUAGAGAAUCGUGUAAAUUCUGAAAGAUUUUAGCAAGGGGGCUUUGUGCAUUCAAUUUUCUUAAGUUUACUAUUAAAAAAAAGUCUUGUAAAAGGUAUCUUGCACUGUAAAACUAAAAGUAGCAUUUAUUAAUCUUUAAGAUGGAUUCCAUAGUGAGAAUGUUUUUUUCCAGAUAUUUUGAUGCUGCGUUAACAUUUGGUGGCCUAAAAUAUUUUGGGCGUAAAUACUACUACUUUGCAGAUGUUCAAAUUUAAUAUGCAGAUACUUUUGGUUCUACAGAAAGGGGGUAAAGUUUAUACCUGAAUUUGAAAUUAGCCAAGGUGACCUCAUUAGUCUUCACUGCCCAAUUGAUGAAGCAAAUGUUUUCCGAGCUUGACUUUGUGGGGAGUGUCUGAAGUAGGCUUCGUGGUGUUUAGGUGUAGGCUUUUGCCCUUCUAAAUGGGAGUUUGAGGAAUUUUGAUAUUAAAAUGCUGUUUGUGUGUGUGUUUUUCUUUCUAGCUAUACUGCAGAUUUUCUGCCUGAUGUACAAAGACAAAUGGUGAUGUAUAUUUUCAUGUAAUUUGAUUUUUGGAAUUCUGUCACCUGUAGUGAAAGUUCUUCCAAAAUAUAAUUGUUUUCCAGUA